GGUCCCCCGUCUCGGACGUCGCGCCACCCGGAGUGGCUGGACUGUGAACUGUCAAGACCGAGAUUGAAUUAGGAAAUUGCGCUUCAUUAUUGUUCACUGUUCACUAAGUUGGUCAAGAUGAGUGCCCCUGGCUCUUCAGGUGCUUCCCUUUUAAGUCAUCUGGGAGACACUUUGGGAACCUCAGAGCAUGCAUUACGACUACUUCUCUCUAUCCUCUUGGGCUAUCCCAUAGUUCUGAUUCACCGGCAUUUCUUAUAUGGAAGGUCUCCUGUGCUGCAGCAUCUCCUGUUUAUUUGCACAGGGUUUUUAAUUUCAUCAUUUUGCUAUGGCUGGGACACCUUCCACUUAAUUGGCACAGUAGUUGGUGUAUAUGGCAUCUUAUUAUUAUUUGGAGGGUCAUUCCUUGGAGCAAUUGCAACCCUGGUGUUUACUAUGACUUAUUUAUUGUACGGGUAUUUUGCCACAAGCACCGAUGUUUAUGAUAUAAAGUGGACUAUGCCACACUGUGUGCUCACAUUAAGAUUGACUGGAGUAGCUAUAGAUUUGUAUGAUGGAGCCCAAAAGCAGGAAACUUUAUCUGCAGAAAACAAGAAGUCAGCCCUCCAGGAAAAACCAUCAAUACUAGAAUUACUUGCCCAUUCUUUUUUCCCCUCGGCAUUCCUUGUUGGUCCACAAUUCCACAUGAAGAGAUAUCAAAAUUUUGUGUCUGGAAAGCUUAUCCCAAAUACAAACAGCAGUAAGCUGCCUAAUUGUGUUAGACCAGCCCUCAUCCGCUUUGGUACUGGCACUUUAUACCUGUGCAUUUACCAGGUGCUAACAAUAUGGGUUCCAGAUAUGUACCCAGAUACUGAAACUUUCCAACAAAAUGGUUUCCUUAUGAAACAUGUGAUGCUUGGUCUGUGGGCUCGUACAGCACUUUACAAAUACAUUUCAUGCUGGUUAAUUACAGAAGGAGUAUGCAUAAUGUCAGGAAUCACAUAUAGUGGUAAAGAUGAAAAUAAUAUUGAAAAAUGGGAUGGGUGCGCCAAUGUUCAGCUUUCAGUUUUUGAAGGUUGCACAAAAUUCAACCAUUACAUCAUGGCUUUUAAUACCAAUACAAAUCACUGGAUAGCCCAGUAUGUCUACAAACGUUUAAAGUUCUUGAACAGCAAAUUAGCCUCCCAAGGUGGUGCUUUGGCCUUCCUUGCUGUUUGGCAUGGCUUCCAUUCUGGGUACUAUGUCUGCUUCUUUAAUGAGUUUGUUGUGAUGCUUAUGGAGAAGGAGGUGGAAAGUAUUUUGGCUAGAAAUGAGAAAGCAACGAUGUUUUUAUCAAGUCCUUUUGUUUCACCCAUCGUGUGGGUUAUCUUAAAAUUAUACACAUUUAUUUUCAUGGGAUACUGCUUAGUGCCCUUUGUUCUUCUUUCAUUUAAUCGGUACUGGGCUGUUUACAAAAGUGUCUAUUUCUCCGGAUACCUUCUAUUUUUAGGGUGGCAUCUGUAUGCACCCUUGGUCAGAAAGGCUUUGAAGCCAUCAAGAGCACGAAAUGCUCACCAGGACUAAUUGUUGACAUUUUUAAAGAGGUCAAGUUUUAUUGGUUGUUAGAAUUUUGUGUGAUUUAGCUUUGCCAAAUUUUAUUGUGAUUGUUGUUCUUGUUGAUAAGUAUUGUGUAGUGCAAGGGUUCAUUUGAGAACUUUGAACUCUAAGGUAAUACAACAUCCUUGAUUGAGCCUCUCUUGCUGGGCAAUGGAACUUGUGAAAGCUUAAACGUUGAAAUUAACUGUUAGGAUCCCUUAUUAUAUUCUGUACUGUUCCAGUGCAAUAUUUCUGGUGUAUUCUCCUUAUUUAGACCUGUCAAAAAGUAUUGGAAACAGGCAAAAUGUAGAGUAGUAUAUUUGAUCAGCAAGAGUGGUUGUGGUGGAUAGCCUAAUUAACUUCUUCUUGCGAAGCAAAACUCCUUUUUUCCUAUUGUUACUCUAGAGAUUGUUCUAUGUGGUUAGCAAACAUUGCUUUUUGGAAGAUGACUUUUUGUUUUUUUGUCAUUGAGCAAAUGUCCACAUACUGUUGCUGAUUGCUGCUGUAUUCUUAAAAAGAGAGUAACUCACCAGCUGUCUAGCAAAGUUCCCCUCCCCCCCUCAACAAAAAAAGAAAACAGUGAACUGCUCUACAGUACUGAUCCUAUAUCUAUAUCCCUCCCUCAACAAUUAUGUUGGGUAUUUUUUAUUUACCCAAAUAGGUUGUGACUUUUAUUAACUCUCUGUAUUCUGGUGAGUUUUAAACAUUAAUGUGGAUGGUAAUUGCAGUUGUGACUAUUAUAACUGAAGAAUAUUAUAGCUCUUAAUUUCAACAACAUAUUGACUGAAGUUUACAAGGUUAAUCAUGCAUUAUCUUGCCUACUAGCCUCAUCUUAAGAUUUGGACUGCCCUUUGCCCUUGCAUCAGACAGUGUGGAAAGCAUUGAUGAACUGAUCUUAUUUUCAUAUUAGUUAUUUAUUGUAUACUCGCCGCUCCUUAUAAGCAAUAUACACAAGAGAUUUAAUGAGGAAUGUAAUGAAAGACCAAGGUUUUGUAGUAGAUUACUCUAGCAACCCACCUUUGAUCUAUCUAAUCUAUUUUUAUAUGAGCAGGAAGUGACCAAGAUUUAAUUUGUAACAAUUUGCUUUACUUAAUGAUGAUUGUGGCAAUUUAGUACCCUGUACUUCAACUUUGACGGUACUAUGUGGAAAGGUAUUAUUUUUAUUAAUUUUUUUUUUAGGUUUAUUACCUAAAAAUUACCUUUGUUUUAGUAGAUUUUCAUUGAGGUGCAUUAAUGUGCUGUUAAAUCUAUAACAUGUUUCCAGGGAAUUUUUAAAUUUUUUCUCUCAUUAUUUUUAACCAACACGAUGGUUAAAUUGCCAAAUUAAGGAUACAGAAUUGCUUCAGCUACUUAAGAUCAACAGCAAUUUUUUAUAUUGAUCACAGUGGCCAAAAAUAUGCUUUACUGAUUAAUUUGUCUUUAUUGGGAAUGUGGGGAUUAUAUAGUAGUAGGUACUUUGUACUUGGUAGGGGUACUUUAGGUAUUCGACGCAUCCAUGCAAGAAAGGCGGAUCAGCAAGCAAUUGCUUAAGAAAGAUAGAAGAUGGAUUUGAACACGGUUCCUCAAGAAAGACACAUUCUUUAUGCCAAUCUGUUCAUCUUUAUCUUUGGAGGCGUCUCACUUCUCAUAGAGACGUUGUAUCAUAUUGGGUGUUGUCUCUUUUUAAUCACAAGAUUGGCAAUCAGAAUGGUUUUCCACUCAAAACGGUACAGCAUUUCCAUGAUUUGUGAGGGAGGGACCACCAAAUCCGAGUAUGUUGAUAUCAGUGGAAAGCACACCCGUCUUUCUUCAGCACUCAUGUUCUGAUCCUACCUCCUUGGGCGACUACAUUUUGAUCCCUGUCUUUGUUGCACGGAUGCAUCGUAGUGAACACUGUACUUACCAUGUCCAACUACAGUUUUAUUCCCCAAGCAAGACUUGCAGAAACAUAUUUAAAAGGCACACCUGAUAUAAGCUGUGUAUUAGGAUCCAUUCCUUAAUUUCUCUGAAGUAUUGAUCAAAGUUUCACUUUAUUUUCUUGGGUUUUUAUCUUUGAACAUUCCCUCUUAAACUGUUAUAAACUGUAAGUGCUCAGAUGAGAUUUCAUUUUCUAUAAAUUGUCUGAUUUUAACAGUAUUUAAGCCAUUAUGAAAGACUGACAGGAUUUUAUUUAGAAGUCUUAAAUUCACUGCUGUUUCUGACUUGUAUACUCAUGCUUUCUAAUGUUUCAAGCAAUCUGCUUCAGGAGGGCGUUAGUCUUAGGAUUUAAUCAUUAUAGGCCUGCGAUAGGUUUAGCUGUCAUAAUUAUUAAAAGUUUAAAGCUAUGCACAAAACCCCUUUAAAACUGUCUUAACUGCCUAAUAGGAAUGCUGCCCAUUGUGCCCUUGGAUGAAAUGUCUUAUAAUUUGUUUAAUUUAAAAAAAUAAAAUAAAUAGAUUUUGGAUAUAGCAUAA